CCGCUGCGUAGCGUAGCCUAACGGGCAAGAAUUAAUUAAAAGCGAUUCCAUUUUCCCACGCUUUUUGUCACGCUCUCCUCCGUCUCCGGCGAGCUUGGUGCUCUACGUCACGGCGGCGAGAUCCCGGCCUGACGUCGGAGAAUGGACGAGGACUUCACUGCGGCGGUUCAGCGGGGCUUGAAGCUCUCCAAGCGGGUCUACUUCGGCAAGCCGCAGGUUGGACCGCACAGCCAGCUCAUGGCUCGAAGCUCGCCGGAGGUUUCAGAGCUAGUUCCCACGGCGCCGAUGGUCUAUGCGGUGAUCUUGCAUCCUGAGAUCGUUGACAACCCUGAUUUGCCUAGUUACCAGCCCUACGUGCAUGGGCGAUGCGAUCCCCCGGCGCUGAUACCGCUGCAGAUGAAGGAGGUUGGGAUGGAGAUUGAGAGCUAUAUGGAUGUGGCCCUGGUGACCUUGCGGGGACGGUGGCGUGUUCAUUGUGUGAUGGGGAGCAAGAGUUGCGAUUGCAGGGUUGUCAUCCCGAUGGGAGAGCAGGGUUCAAUUCUAGGUGUUGAGGCAGAUGUUGGAGGAAGGUCAUACUCUACUCAGGUGAUCCAACCAGAGGGAGAUCACAAUGAGGAGAAGGUUUCAAAACUUGAAGAUGGUGGCUUUUUAAAACCCCAGUUUUUUUCUUUCACGGUACCUCUGGUUGAUGGGGGAUCUGAAAUCUAUCUCAAUGUCUCCUGGUCACAGAAAUUGUCAUAUAUGCAUGGCCAGUUCUCUAUAACAAUUCCAUUUAAGUUUCCGGAAUAUGUUACUCCUAUCACAAAGAUCCUCCCAAAACGAGAAAAGAUACUCUUCAAUGUGAAUACCGCGGCUGACAAGGAGGUUCUGUGCCAAGAUCCCAACCAUCCUUUGAAGGAAAAAGCACGUCACAUGGGGAAGUUGUCUUUCCUGUAUGAAGCAGAUGUUGAUCAUUGGUCACGCAAAAAUUUUUCUUUUUCAUAUAGUGUUUACUCAAGUGACAUAUUUGGAGGUGUGCACACACAAUCUCCAUCAAUGCAUGACUCUGAUCAAAGAGAGAUGUUCUGCCUAUAUCUUUUCCCUGGAAAUUUUUUGAAUACCAAGGUAUUCAAGAAGGAAGUAAUUUUUGUUGUUGAUAUAAGUGGAAGUAUGCGAGAAAAUCCUCUUGAAAUGGUGAAAAAAGUCCUAUAUAAAGCUCUCUUAGAGCUUACUCCGGGGGACUACUUUGACAUCAUAGCUUUCAAUGAAGAUAUGCAUCUGUUCUCAUCAUCUUUGGAGCUUGCCACGAAGGAAGCGGUAGAAGAGGCAAAUCUGUGGAUAAGCAAAAAUUUAGUUUCAGAAGAUGAGGCACACAUCACAAAACUUUUACUCUCAGAGUCAUUGAACAAGGCAAUAAGUUUGCUAUCGAACUCUCGAGAAUUACUUCCACAUAUCUUUCUCAUUACUGAUGGAUGUGUUGAGGAUGAACGGAACAUUUGUAAUUCUAUGAGAGUUCACGUGACAACUCAUCUACACAUUUCCCCUCGAAUUUCUACUUUUGGUAUAGGUUCAUACUGCAACCAUUAUUUCUUGCGACUGCUGGCAUCGAUUAGCAGGGGCCUCUAUGGUGCUGCUCAUGAUCCAGAUUCAAUUGAAGUCGAAAUGCAAAGAUGGUUAAGAAGAGCUUCUUUACCAAUAACUGCAAAUAUAGAGGUUGAAGUCUUUGACCGUCUUGAUGCAUUUGAGAUGUACCCUCAACGGAUUCCAGAUUUAUCCAUUGGAUGUCCGCAAAUUGUAUUCGGAAGAUAUCAAGGGAAGCUUCCAGAUUCCAUUAAAGUAAAGGGUAUUUUGGCCAACUUAAAUGACAUUGAUAUUGACUUGAAGGUUCAAAAGACGGACAUCCCUCUUGAGAGAAUAUUCGCAAAGCAACACAUUGAUCAACUGACAGCUCAGGCAUGGUUUUUUGAAAGUAAACAACUUGAAGAAAAGGUCAUUAAAUUAAGCCUGCAAUGUCGCAUUCCAUCAGAGCACACAUACCUUGUCUUACGCCAGACUCGGCCAACAAUUCAAGAAAUGAUGGCGAAGAAACCUAAGAAAGCCAAUGUCGAAAAACUAGAAGCAGCCAAGGACCGCUAUUUAUCACGGGGCACAAGAAUUGGGUUCGGAGAUUUACUAGCCACCGCCGAGAAUUACUCAGUCAUGUUCGGUAAUCCAAAGUCACCGGAGGCCUCUUCAGUGUACAUGGUUACUGACUGCUGCAGCGAUCUAUGUGACUGUGCUUGCUGCAGAUGUUGCAUUAACUUCUGUUCUAAACUGAAUGACCAGUUUGUCGUCUUGAUGGCGCAACUCUGCGCUGGGAUCGCGUGCCUCGCCUGCUUCCAAUGCUGCUCCCUCUGCUGCAAUGGCUCUGAUUAGUGUUUUCUUGUGCUUGAUUGAUCCUAUUGUACAGUGUUUGAUUAUUAAAGUGUGUUUUCUUCUCUUCAAGAAUUAUAAUUAUUGAGUUGAAAAUGUGUAUAGUCAGUCUACACCAUUGUUUUUACAAACUUUUUAUGGUUUGUGUGCAAAAAUUUUAUACGUUGUACAGGCUUGAAAAGCAAAAUGAUAAUUUGAAUUUCUCAUUUA